AGUGUGCUGCGCGCAUCGCUACCUCGCCGCUUUGCUUCAGCUUCAGCGUCAUUGCGCCGAAUAACCAUAGUAACGUUGCGCGAAAACACGUGCUUUACCAGCGGCACCCGCACAAGAGGGAUUGCGUGAACCGCUGUAAAUACUCGAUCGUAUAUACUAUACAGUCUGCGCGAAGGAGAUCGCAGUGAUAGUGAAAUGGAUUUGCUUUUUUAGAUAUUGAGGUAGUAGUGGACACAAUGGAUUAAGGUCCGAAAUUGUGAUCUAUUGUGCAUCGUGUUUGAUGAGCAGUGCAGUUAGUUCAGUGACUAAAUUCAACAGUUUUUGUGCAACCGAAAUCGUCGAUCGGGAGAUCAAACAGGCAAUCAGUGGCAGAGUGAACGGAGGAUUAAUUUAAUACCGUUUUGAUAUAGCGAUUGAAGGCAUACAAUUUGGGCGAUCAUUAUCCGGCAAUCAGUUACACGAUCGGCUGUGACUGCGAGGUUGCUUUUUUUCGGAUGUUACUUUCGAUGGCAUACCAGCCUUAUGGGGAAGUGAUGGUUCGGGUUUCGGUGUGAUAUUAAUUCCGGAGGAAGGCGUGUUUGAGUGAUUUUUGCAGAUAAAUACACUGGCUGCUGUAAUUUUCGGAUAGUGACGGAAUAAUACAGCAUCCGCAUAAUGAAAAAUGAGUUAUUCAUAGGGGAGCCGUUGGGGCAUGGGGCAAACAAUCGUUGCAACUAUUGAUGGACGACGACACAGACAAGGGGCAUUGUGCUCAUGAGUAAUAGUGUUGAAGGCGCGUGUAAUACUGCUGGUCGAAGAAAAGAAAGAAGUGUGAAAUUGGAAGCCUUUUUCGGGCGUUGGCAACAGGUGAAUUAUUGUUACUGGGGGGCAGCUGAACCGAAUUGUUCCGCAAUUGUGUUUACUGGAUUGUAACGGAUAGCGGAGAGUGCGAGGAAACGCAGCAGCAGCCAACGGAGCUUCUACAAGCAUCAUGGGACUCUUCGGGUGGAUCAAAAAGGAUGCCAACCAGCAUCGACGGCGCGAAAGUGCCCCACCCUCAACCAGUAACAUAACCUCUACGAGCAGCAGUGCUAGUGCGGCACGAGACGAAGCCUACCUUGAGGCGCUGACCAAGUUCAAUCAAUGGCGUUCUAGGCAGCGAUUGGAACGCAUCAGUGAAGGUUGUCCGUUGAGGACAGGUGUGAUCGAGGAACAUAAAGAAUCCGAAGGCGGAGCCCAGAGUGACUUCAGCUCUGACGUGCCGCUCACGAGCGAUGGACGCCGUGCCUUGAAUAAGAAGUUUGAGUUACCUAAAAGCCCAAGAUAUAGCAGACAUCGACAGGACACGGGACCUCCUAAGAAACCUAAACGAUCGGUGGAGUUCUACAGAAACAUCAAUAGGAUUCCCGAAAAUGGAGAACCAAAUUUAAACAACGGAAAGAACAACAACAUGGCCGAUAGGUAUUCGCUCCCUGCUGUUAUGCCCACAUCCAGGAAAAACAAAUCUAGACUAUCCAAACCGAACAACAACACGAUCUACGAAAACGAAGUAGAAGAGUUCGAACAGAUGCACGUCCAAGACAACUUGGGAGACACUUACGCCGUGCAGAGCCCUCCAAGUCGGUUCUUCAAAGAGAACUCCAACCCUUACUUCAGCACUAGCACCCUGCGCAUUGCCAGCCCUACUAUUGUGGACUCCACGCCGAAGAAACAGGUCAACCUUAAUCCGAAACGCAGCCGUAACUUCAAGGACAAACCGGCUCCACAACCUCCCAUGACAACUCCGGAUCCGCCAUCGUCACACAAAAAGCACAACAUCACCAACGAAAGUGGAACAGAGUCACCAUUCGCUGGAUCCUACCGAAAGUACGAACUAAACUCCUCAUCCAUCUACGACGAGCAUGUGAUCUCCUCGCGAGCUUACCGGGGCGAAAUGAAGCCUCUCAACUCGUCCGUCCAGUCCCCCGCCGUCAAAGAGCGUCGCAAGUCACCUUCUUACCAAACCAUCGUCAACAAACAUGGAGACCUGGUCGACUACGCGCUACCCUUCAGCGAUACCACGGAUAUCCAUUCCGAGCUGAACUCCACCAAAAACGGAGACAUCCUGAACGACAUCCGGGCCUGCGAAGAGGUCAUAAAUGAAAACUUCCGCUUCCUGAACAGUGAUAUUCACCCGUCGUCCAUACUCAUGGACGACUCCACCAGCAUGAUCAACGAGCCGAUCAGCGUACUCAAAGAACGCGGCCCGCAGAUCGUCACCGAUCUGGAUCGCUCCAUGAUCAAGGAAGAACCCGAACUGGUUGAUCAACUGGAUGAAGUCGAUCUGGUCAUCCACGAACCGCAGGACAUCCUUCUCGAGCUAGAUUCCCUGGAAAAGUGGAGCAAAAGCAUCCAGAUAUCGGACGACUUCCUGCAGAAGCAAUUCUCCGAACGCAGCAUGCUGGAGUUCUUCCAGCAGGCAUCCAGCCAGCUGCUCAUCUGUUGGCCCAAGGAGGUGCACUACCGCGUGGGAGGUCUUCGCAGCAGUUUCAUGGCCCCGCUGGAAUUCUCCUGCGGUUUGUUCCGCAACGCACCGGUCUCGCUGAGGAAGUACUCGCUGAACGUCGACCGGAGUCUGUACUUUGCCGAGGAAGCUUGCAAGAAGGAUUUCGAGAUUUUGGGGCACAUCAAGCACUUUGCCGUGGCGUCGCUGAUGGCGGUGUGCUUCGACGGGGGUCUGAACCAGGCCACGCUCGUCCUGGAACCGUUCGAUUUUACGCUGUUCGACUACAUUCACAAAAUGAACAAACGCCUCUCUUUGCUGCACGCCAUCACCGUCGUCCAGCAGAUCUCGCUGGCCGUGUCCUAUCUCCAGGAGUGCGGCUACAUCCACUCCAAUAUCUCCAGUGGUUGCGUCCUGAUGCGCAAGUACCCGUACGCGGUGAAGCUGACGUCCUUCGAACUCACCACCGAAGCCUCCGACACGGUUCGCAAGGAAAUCGAGAACCGCUACGGCAGCACGUCGUCCUCGCGCAACUCCAUGACCUCCUCGCAGAACGAAGAGCUGAAGAAAAUCACCACCUACUCGCGGUUGAUCAAAAACGACGAACAGUUCCUGCGGGAUAAAUAUCGGAAGCUGUCCAAGGAAGUAUCGGACAGUCGUAAGGGGCAGUUUGGAACAUUGGGUGAUAACAGUGGAUAUGACUGCCGCGCUAGCCGCUAUCUGCCGUAUUGUAAGGAGUAUCGAGAGAAGUUCUCCCUGUUCUACUAUGUCGCACCGGAGCUUCUGGUACCCAAGUCAAACUUUGUCUUCCCCAGCAAAAGCACGGACGUGUAUUCGUUGACGCUCCUGCUUUGGGAAAUACUCAACGGUUACGUACCGUUUGUGGUUUACAGCCGUCAGGAGCUAGAGAAGCUCCAAGUAUCAGCAAACCUACAGCUUCCGAUGUUCGAAAAAGAGCGCUGUGAUCGCUUCCGUCAGGUGUUCGAAUCUGGUCUGUCCAAUCUCAGUGCUCGACAAAUUAACGUAACCGACAUUCUGGAUACUCUUGAUUGUCUACUAUUGGAACAAGGCCUUGACAAAACCACGCACAUGAAUGGUUUCUCCGAAGACUUCGAAGAACAAGUGAACUCGUCGGAGAUUAGGAAGAAAAACGAAAUAAACGACAUUCGCAAGCAGAACGUGUCAGAGAAAACUGACAAGAUAUACUUCCAGUCAAACGGCGGCUACGUUAACGUGGAAAACUCGAAAAAGAUUAGCCGUGAGACCACCUUCAUAGAUAUUGACGAUCACGCUCCUCAGCGAUCCAAACAGCAACCGAAGAAACCGGCUCGAAAGAUCAACAAAUCUAAAGCGCAGAAAGAACCAGAUAUGAAAUCCACGAAGAAGUCACCUCUCAGCUCUAGUUUGUCGCACUCGGCAAUCUACCAGACGAUCUUUGACUUCAACAACAAGUUCUUAUCGCCGCGAUCGUCCAAGCAAGCCAUCUACGAGCGGACCAGUACCGUCAAGAAGCAGAAGAGUUCACUGCGGUCGAACAAAGUCGCUGCCAAAGAGCUGUUCGAACCGAUCAACAGCUUCGAUAAGACAGAUAGCUUCCAGAAACUGACCAGUGGUGAUUCCAAUGGAAACACGACCCUUACAGGAACAGUUCCGGAGGUUAUCGGACCUCUGGAAGUCUGCACUAAAGAAAGUCCAUCAAAAUUGAACAUCAACAUAAAUAAGCAUGAAAUCUCGAAAGAGCUAGAGCUAACCCAAACACCGGAACGCGAUCGCACCAAUGAAAUUCAACCGGUAGAAACGUCCAAAUCCUGUGACAGCUCUCCAGGAACCAAACGCAAGAAUUACUCGCGUUUAUCCAACUCACUCCGAUUCACCAUCGGAGAUAUCACUUUGCCGGAUACUCCUAUUGCUCGCAAGAACAAAAUCCGCAAACACGCUUGGCUGUCCGAUCAGAAGCUGGUGCUAACGGACGACAAUACCUCGACACCGGUAACGCCGCAGGGCCGACGAGCCUGUGCCUUCUUCAAUGAUCUGGGAUCUCGUGUCAGCCGCGGUGGGCGUUCAACGGGAGGCCUUAGCACUCCGCUGAACUUGAACAUUUCCUCAUCCAUGCAGGAGAUCAAACCGAAGACGAUCAACAUCAGCGUGAACAUUAUCAAGGGUCCAGACAUGGGAACCAAACUUAAAUCACACAGUCAGGAGUUCAACAAGACGACUCCAUCGAUCGUAGAUAUUGACUUCGAUGACAAGACAAAGAACCCGGAAACCACCGUCAAGGCUGAAUCAACCGAUAAUGUAUUUGAAGGUUCUCUAUGGAAAAAGGAGAAGGAACUUUGCGAACGAACACAGCUGAACCAUUCUGUUGGUGACCUUGAUAGAGAGGGCUCCGACGGAGACGCUUCAGACAAGGUUAUAACGGCUCAUUUGACAUCGGUUCGCGAUGCCGUCCGCAAAAUCGAAACUACCUUCGAAAAUACUGGCUUCGAUUACAGCCCCAACCGGAAACCCGAAUCUCACAAGAAAUGUUCAGACGACAGAAAGAUAUCCGACGACUCGGUCGUCGUGGAGGAAAGCCUUCUAGUUCCAACGAAGGUUCUUGAGCUGGAGAAAACCUUUGAGCAGCUACCUCCAAUCGAGGAGCCAAAUAAUUCAAUUACUCGACUGGACGUAGUUCUAACGAACAACACUCUCAAGAAGAAGGAAGAACUUCUUCAACAGCAGCACCAACCACAACCGUCAGCACAGCCCAAACUAAUCCUGCCAGAGGCUUCCGUUUUCAACCCAAACUCCCAGCUGUUUAUGCGUCGUAAAGCAACCAGCAGCGGCAGCGUCAUCCAGCGAACCGUGUAUCGUGAAAGCAUUGUCUCCAGCACUGAUCUUCCGGGGCUGGAUAGCAUCAACUCCUCGCAAGCCAGCAUCAGCACCACCCCAAUCCCCCCGGGCAGUGCACGGAAGAAGAAGCUCACAACCCGGGUGACCGUCAACAUGCGUAAGAUCUCAAGGAGGGCGUCGGACAUGGGCACCAGUCCGGCAUCAUCUCGACCCAGUUCGCAAAACUUGGACGAAGACCUUCCGUCAUCCGGGUGCUUGACGCCGACGAAUGGUGCUACCGGGCCGAUUCGUCAUUCCUGUGGAAAUGAUCUGCUGAAGGCAUUCGCUACGUUGAGGUUGGUUCCGAGCAGCGAGGACGUUGGAGGCUCGAGAUGUUCCAGUGCGAAUGAUGAACGCAGAAGCCUUUGCACUCCAGUAAAGGCACCCGUUGGUGGACCCGGACCAAGCCGUAACGGCGCGGAACGGUUUGUUUGCUGCAAUUGUGGAAACUCGAUGGUCCCUGCCGAUAACUUAAAUGUGCCCGCCGGAAGCCGCAUCGGUAUGACGGCCGCAUUUAGUGAGUUAAAUUUUCCCCGUGAAAGUCUAGCUUCAAUGUUCGAGGACAACUUGGGACUUAUCUCGCAGCAGCAACCGCGUGGAACUCUGUCGACCAUUCCGAACGCCAAAUCCACUGAAGAUCUGUACAUCGACGACGACUUCUACCAGGGUUUGAACUUGGGCGCCAACAUGGAGUUGGUGGAGUUCGUCGACGACGGGCACUACUUGGACGAGUUUGGCUACGACAUCUACACAACGGAGGAGAUCUACGACGAUGAUGAAGAUGAUGAAAACUCGCCGGAAAUGGAAGCUCUGUGCGGUAUGCCGGGAGAUUGUGUUACACCGAUACUGGUCGUCACCGAAGCGGAGGAAGUGGACUCGCAACAGCCUGCGGAGGAACAGUUUUUGAGCAAGUGUGCCGACAUGAAUGCGAGUAGCGCAGAUGGGUUUGGGUCGGUGUUUUCGCCGAUGCCGCCUACGGCUGUCCCAGAGCAAGAUUUGAAAGACGCAAACGGGCAGGAAUGGGACCAAUAGAGUAGUGUUAUUUUCUACAACAGUGAAGCUAUAUACUUUUAGGAAAGAUUUUCAAAAUCGUGUUGACAGAAUGUAUAUUUUCUAAAUGAACUAUAUUUACAGACAUUAUGAUGAAAAUCGUGAAUUUAUCUUGAAAUUGAGAUAGUAUUUAUAUCGAGCAGUAUUUAGACCAAGAAACCGAUGACGCAAUACAUAAAUGUAAUAGACAUGGUGAUAUCUAUUUUUAAAAAAUGAUAACCUCUGCUAGAAUUUUCUAGGAUUAGUCGCAUUGAUAUCUAUUUAUGUUAUAAGAUACCAAAAAUAAAAUAAAAUGAAAGAAUAAAUCUGUAUUUAUGGACAUUGAAUAAAAUAUAUUAUGAAUAA